AGUUAUGCAGCUUGCAUGUUAGGAGCCGACAUCCAGGCACGGGCUCGGGCUGACUGCCUCCGCUUCGAUGGGCAACACUAGCAUCACCGAGGGCAAGACUGCCCUGGCAGUGGGAAGCACCUCUAUAGCCAGGGGAAAGACUACUGUAGCCAUGGGCAACUCCUCCAUCUUCAGGGGAGUGACCACCACCUCCAUGGGAGACUCCACCAUCCAAAGGCAAAAGACGACGGUGGCUCUGGGACGGGCAAGCUUCAGCCGGGGAACCACAACCACCUCCUUCCGCAAAGCCUUGAUGUCCAAGCGUAAGAACACCUAGAUGGAAAGGACCCUUGAAGCCGGGGCUAAGACACGCAAAGCAACCAAGCAGUCCAAAAAAGACUCUAACAAUGAGUGGAAAACCUCAUUCUUGUCAAGCAAGACCUCCUUCACCAAAGGCAGGUUUUCGAUACUGAGGACUAAGUACGCCAUCUCCUGGGGUAAAUCAUCGAUCUUCUGGAGCAGAACCACCAUAACUUUGGGCAACACCAGCAUAGCGGUGGGCAAAACCUCUGUUACACGAGGGGAGACCACAAGCUCUCUCACCACCCUGACCUUCACCCAUGGGACCAAGUCUGUGUCUGUGGUCAAAGCCACCCUCAUCAGGGGCAAAGAAACGCACAGCAACAUCUACUGGGAUUUUCACACAUGAUUCCUGCACACACUUUAAACAAAAACCCAGGGAUAUUUCUAUCUGGUCAGUUUUAGCAGGUCAGUAGUCAAUAAAAAAAGAGCUGCUAUGUUUUUUGAUCAAUGUGUGUACAGGCCAAUGUGGCAUGACAUCAUCUGUUACCCGUUUGGACAAGGUAGA